AUGUCAAACUGUGUCGAUAAAACCAUCACGAUCCGAGAAGUAUGGUCUCACAACUUACAAUCCGAGUUCGAUAUGAUCCGAUCCAUCAUUGAUAGAUACCCAUAUAUCUCAAUGGACACAGAAUUCCUGGGCGUUGUAUACCAUCGAUCCCACAAGCAUUGUCGACCGUCAUAUCAUUAUCAGCUUCUUAAGUCAAACGUUGACGUUUUGAACCUCAUCCAGCUCGGUCUCACCCUCUCUGAUUCUUCCGGUAACCUUCCGUUUAUCCAUGGGUCCCGCCAACGUUACAUUUGGCAGUUUAAUUUUUAUGAUUUUGAUGUCACGCGUGACGCCCACGCGCCCGAGUCGAUUGAGUUGUUGAGGAAUCAAGGGAUUGAUUUUGACCGCAACCGGGUUGAUGGGGUUGACUCGGUUGAGUUUGCUGAGUUGAUGAUGUCAUUCGGGUUGGUGUGUAAUGAAUCAGUGAGUUGGGUGACGUUUCAUAGCGCGUAUGAUUUUGGGUAUUUAUUGAAGAUUCUCACGCGCCGUCGUCUGUCGGAUGGGUUGCCGGAGUUUUUGGAGAGUUCGAAGGUGUUUUUUGGGGAUCAUGUGUAUGACGUGAAGCAUUUGUUGAAAAUUUGUAAAAAUUUAUAG